AUGGAGAUCCCCAGGAACAAAUGGAUCUGGACGAGUGCAGAUCGGAGGCAGGGGUGGAGAGCCUACGCAAAAGAGUUGAAGACUUGGGCGACAAGAGGGCGGCAAGCAACCAAGGAGAAAAUGAUGGACCUGUGGUGCCCAACAACGGAAUCUCAGCUAUCGACCUGGAUGCGAUCGACCCAAGGAUCCUCAAGGACUAUGCCGAACGAUAGACUUAAAAGGAACAGAAGCAGAACUCGGCGGCUUCAUGACGAAAGGCGAGGACCAAAUUUUUCGUGCGAUUUGGGCUAA